CGUCACUGGCUUCAACUCAUCGGUGGUGUUUAGCUUCCCCCUCCGACGCGGCUGAAUAUGCAGAUCUCUUUCCCCCCCUUAGACGGCCUUUAACAACCUCAAAUUCCACCGAUCCUCACUCCUCCCUCGAAGAUCUUUCUCUUCCGGUGACUAAAUCAGGUACCUUUCUUCCAAAUUCGAAACCCUAGAUCUCUCUCUCUAUCGUCUUCUCAGAUGGGUGACAGUGAAGACGAAACCGGAUACCCAAAGAAGUUCUACCCUCUGAAUCGUCAAACCCAUCCCAUGUACACCCGACCCAUUCCCAAGCGCCACGCGUAUUACCACGAAGAAGAAGACGAGGAGGAGGACCAAGAAGACGACGUAGGAGUAGGAGGAGUAGGAGGAGGAGGAGGAUACAGUCAUCGCGAGAGGUUUCAGAAGAGGCUUAAACCGACUAAACCGGUUCCCGGUUACGACUUCGGCUCCGGUCCGAGCGAGACGAAAGCCGAGCAAGAGGCGUUCGUGGUGCUGGAAGUGUGGGGAGACAGGUUCUUGCAGUUGGGUCGGAGGAGCUUGAGGAACGAGGACUGGAACGAGGUCGCGGAGAAAGUCAGCGAGGAGCUUCGGUCGGAGAGGUCGGAGACGCAGUGUCGGAGAAUGGUCGAUAACUUGAAGAGGAAGUAUAAGAAGGAGAGGGUCAAGGUGGACAAGUUAGGGUUGGGUUCGAGCAAGUGGUCGUUUUUCAACAAGAUGGAUAUGUUGCUCGGCGGUGGUGGUUCUUCUGCUAAACCGGAGUUCGGUUUAGCCUGUGGGGUUGAUUCGGGGGAGUUUGUGUUUAUGAACACGAAGGUUUAUUUGGAGAAGAGUAAUGGUUUUGAUGAGAUGAUGGAUAGUCCUGGUGAUUCGGAGGAGGAUGAUGAUGAGGAGGAGGAGGUUGAGUAUGAGAGGAGGAGGAAGAAGGGGGACGAUGCGGCGUCGUAUAAGCUCUUGGCGGAGUCGGUUGAGAGGUUUGGCAAGGUUUAUGAGAAGAUGGAGAGGAGUAAGAAGGAGCAGAUGAAGGAGUUGGAGAAGAUGAGAGGUGAGUUUCAGAGGGAUUUGGAGUUGCAGAAGAAACAGAUUGUCGAGAGAGCUCAGUCUGAGAUCGCUAGGCUACGUGAAGAAGAGGAGGAGAACGAGACUCAUCAUGAUGAUGAUGGUGGUGAGAGUGAAGAUGAGGGGAUGGAGAAUGAUUCUGAUGUCAAUCUCAGUGAUUGAAUCAUUUAAUAACACUAGGUUUGUGUGUUUGUUUUAUUAGAUUCAAGAAAGAUUUUGCAUUUUGGGGAAUUCAGAACUGGUAAGUGCUUUUGUAACUUGUGUUUGAUGGUUACAAGUUUUAUUGAUAUGGAUUAGUAAGGAUUAUUGUAAUAGCCAUGACAAGUCUCUCAAAUCCAUGCAUUGUUUUA